GCUCUCGCGAAAUCGUAUACCGUAUCACUUGCAAAUCUUGCGAUCACUUGUCGAAGUCAGUCGAAGUCGAACAAUGGCCGCGGUACUCGGACGUAUAAUCGUGUACGGGGGCAAGGGUGCCCUCGGCUCAGCCUGCGUAUCACAAUUUAAAUCGCAAAAUUGGUGGGUUGGCUCCAUAGAUAUGAAGCCAAACGAGCAGGCAGAUGCAAAUGUGAUUGUAAAUCCGGACAAUAAUUGGCAACAGCAGCAAACAGAGAUUUUGUCCCAAGUUAAAGAUGUACUGAAGAAUGAAAAAGUCGACGGCAUUAUUUGCGUAGCUGGAGGAUGGGCUGGUGGUAAUGCGGCGCACAAGGAUUUCGUGAAAAACAGUGACUUAAUGUGGAAACAGAGCAUUUGGAGUUCCGUCAUAGCUGCUAGUAUCGCAGCUGAAUACUUGAAGGAAGGAGGAUUCCUUUCUUUGACUGGUGCUAAGCCAGCAUUAGGAGAAACACCAGGUAUGAUCGGUUAUGGGAUGGCAAAGGCAGCUGUUCAUCAGUUGACGAAAUCUCUGGCGGCCAAAGAUAGUGGUCUUCCUUCUAACAGUUUGGUAGCUUGCAUACUACCAGUUACUUUAGAUACUCCAAUGAACAGGAAAUGGAUGCCCAAAGCUGAUACAAGCACGUGGACUCCGCUCGAGUUUGUGUCCAAUUUGUUUUGGAAAUGGUCUCAAAAUCAAGAUCGGCCUACUAACGGUUCUCUCCUGCAACUCAUCACUAAGGACAAUAAGACGGAACUGAUCACGGCUUAAAGACAUAAUAUGAAAUAAAAUGGGAACAAAAGGACGGCAAGUUCUCCGAAAGAGCUUAUUCUUAUAUCAAGACUAAUAUGAUUUUCUAUGUUUUUAAAUGUCCAUUCCAAUAUUAUAUUUUUCUAUGCGUUGUAUACAUAAGUCACUUAAUUAUUUAAAGAAGAUAGUUUUUGCAUAUGUGUAAUAUCUAUACAUAGACAUAUCUGUUUUGUUGUGAAUGUGAACUAUAUAUACAUAUACUAUAUUGAAUGUUACAAAAACAAAAAGAAAAAAUCAUUCAAUGCAUCAUGAACGAA